AUGAUUGAUUUGAUUUGCCAACCUCUCAAGGGUAUUGACGUGAUUAUUGGUAUGGAUUGGUUAUCAGCAAAUAAUGCCAUUUUGGAUUGCAAAAGGAAGAUGGUAACUCUUUCUUUGUGCACUACGACAGUUGAGGCUAUUAAUGGUCUUUUGUGGUUGUCUGCUGCUCAAUCAACUAAGUGUAUUCAGAAGGGUUUUCAAGCCUACGCUUUUUUCUUUUACAUUAGUAAGGAUAAAGAAGUUGGUAUAGAGCAAAUCGAGGUCGUAAAGGAGUUUCUUGAAGUAUUUCCUAUAGAAGUGUUCGGUUUACCCCCUAAGAGAGAAGUUGAGUUCUCCAUUGAGUUAAUGCCAGGGACAACUCCAAUUUCGAAAGCACGGUACAGAAUGUCACCUUCUGAAUUAGUAGAGUUGAAAAAGCAAAUGGAAGAGUUACUUCAAAAAGGAUUUAUUAGACCAAGUGUCUCACCAUGGGGAUCACCAGUACUAUUUGUGAGAAAGAAGGAUGGGAGCCUGAGAUUAUCAGCUAAUGGGAUCAACGAUGUUUUCCAAAAUUGA